CUGGGUGGGAGCUGUCCACUCGCCCCGGGUGCUGAAUGCAGGAACCCAGAGCCGCUGGGCGCCCCAACCUGCCUCCCCAGUCCUCGGCCGAGUCAGCUCGUCGCCUCCCCGCCACCAGCGCCACCUCUUUGGGAACCGAGCCAGUGGGAGGUGGGGUGGGGGGGUGGCAUCAGCCGGCAGCAGCGGGUGCCCAGCAACCGCGGAAGACGAGAGACAACACCUGGCAGCAGCCUGGAAUCUGAUUUGCUUCCUCUCGCCUUUGAGGAGAUAAAUUUAUACACUGCUUUUUUUUUGGGGGGGUGGUGGUGGUUUGGAGUCGCGAGGACCAAGCCUGGACUAAAGAUAAGCUGCUUUCCACCUUAGCCACUCAGCACCCCCUCCUCUCCUCCACCCCCACCCUCCUUGAGCUGGGACUGCAAACAAGCCUUACCUCGGUGCAUCUGCGAGGAGCCCAACCCAGCCAGAGAGGAGGGAGGGGCGCGGGCAAAGUCUGCCCUUGAUGGAGGGGUGGGGUGGAGGGGGGGCAGAGCUGCGGUGAAGACCUGGCAGCUGCCCUCCCUCGCCCCCACCUCUCUGGAAGCACUUCUCCUUGAUUAUUUGACGACUGAAUUUUUCUUUUUCUACUACUAGUAUUGUUUCAUUUUUCUUUCUUUUUUUAUUACCCCACCCUCCCUUCCUCACUCCCCGGCCGCCCCCACCCCCGCGCCCGCCUGCCUCGCCUCUGGUUGCAUGGCAGCAGCGCUGUCCGGGCGCUGGGGCUCAGGGCCGGUCCCCAGGGCAGGACGAGGGGGUGGUGGAGGAGGAAGAGGAUCAUGAAGCCGGGAAUCGUGGCCACUCCGGACAGCGUGCAGCAGCCAGAGGACGAGCCGGAGCAUCCCCGGCCCCAGAAACACCCGGAUCGCGCCCAGGAACUAUCGAGGCCGCCGCCCCAGCAGCUUCGGGGGUCGCGGGCAGAACUCCAGCGAGAGCAGGAAGGCGACAGCAACCCCGAAGAGAAAGAGGAGAGAAGCCACUCAACCAUCGGGACCUACCCUUCUCCUGGCCUUUGCCUCGCGUCCUAAAGCAUCUCUGAUGGAAACUAGGGGAAGGGACCUCGGAUUGACAGCCGCUGCCGGGGUGGACUUGGGACUGAGACCAUGUAACUACUCUCUUCUCCUGUCCCUUCCCACAAGCCCCUCUUCUCUUUUUCUGCCCCACUUCCUCCCCAACACCCCCAAACACACACUUUUCAUCCAGCCAAGACCUUAAUGCUCAGGAAGGAGGAGGUUUUGCAAGAGUUAAACGAUUAUUUUUUCCCCUCCACUCUCUUUCCCCUCCCCUCUCAGCCUCUUAUUUUCUCACCCCUAUCUCCUAACUGGCCCCUCCACUCUUCUCUGCAAAGCACAAGCCCCUUACCAAGUUCACCUGUAACCCCCCCCCCCAACUGCGCUCUUAAAAGCUACACUCUGGUGCUUCUGGGGGUGAAUUGUCCCAGUUUCCUACCCAGGAGAAUUAAAACUUCUCCCAGCCUCCUUUUCUUCCCAAUUUACCACUCCCCACCCCCACCCCCACCCUCCACUCCCACAUCUGCUACCUGAGGAAAAUACCUUGAUUUUUUCUUUUGCACGAGCAGCCCUGAAUCCGGUCACUGACUGAGCUCAUUUGCCCUAAGGCCAGCUCAGCCCAUUCUGAAACCUCUUCUCUGCUUGCCCCACACACACCUUUUACAGAAAAAUAGAUCCCCCCCACCUCCAAGGAAUUCUCAAUAGUCCUCUCAUGAGGGAACUUACUGACAAUUUGAGCUUGAUCUCAAGACCCUAAUAGCCUAUCCUCAACAGAUUCUACCCCUCUGCCUUUACCAGUAUCCCCAACUCUAAGGCCAAAAGUGCAAACAACCUGAGCGCAAGUUGGAGUAGGGGUGGGGCUCAGGGUGGGGUGGGCUGCAGGAAAACAUUUUGGGGGAAAGCGGGCUUUCUAGGCAGCGUUUGGAAUCUGUGACUCAGUUCUCUGUCCAGGAGAGGAGGGAACUCAUCUGCUCCCUGAAUGAAUGGGAUAUAAAAGGAGCCAGCGAGAAAGCUGACUCUCCCUUAACACAGACGGAUACGGCUGUGGAUCCCCUCAGCACCAUCCUAUCUUCCUCUGCAAAGGCUCUAGCUGCCCCUCCUGGGCUCUCUGCUUCCACUGGGCACAUGCUGAUGUCCCUGAGUGGGCUGUUCUGGUGGUGGUGGUGGUGGUACUGCUGCUACUGUGCCCAGUACUACUGUGGAUUGUACACCCUGGCUCCCCAGAUGUUGCGACACCAGGGUCUUCUCAAGUGCCGCUGCCGCAUGCUCUUCAAUGACCUGAAGGUUUUCCUCCUGCGGCGCCCCCCUCCUCCAGCACCACUGCCCAUGCACGGAGACCCCCAGCCCCCCGGUUUGACAGCCAACAACACCCUUCCGGCUCUGGGUGCCGGGGGAUGGGCAGGCUGGAGGGCCCCUGGAGAUGGAAUGGGCAGGGAGACCCCACCUCUGCCACCUCCGCCACCUCCACCACCGUCUUCUGUGGAAGAUGACUGGGGUGGCCUAGCCCCAGGGCCACCUGCCUUGCUGCUCAGCAGUGCCUCCUCUGAUGACUUCUGUAAGGGGAAGGCUGAGGACGGCUACUCACUCAGCAGCAGCCUGGACAGUGGUAUGAGGACCCCUCUCUGUCGCAUCUGCUUCCAGGGUCCAGAACAGGGGGAGCUGCUGAGCCCGUGUCGCUGUGAUGGCUCAGUCAAGUGCACGCACCAGCCUUGUCUCAUCAAGUGGAUCAGCGAGAGGGGCUGCUGGAGCUGUGAGCUGUGCUACUACAAGUAUCAUGUCAUCGCCAUAAGCACAAAGAAUCCAUUGCAGUGGCAGGCCAUCUCUCUGACAGUCAUUGAGAAGGUUCAGAUUGCAGCCGCCAUCUUGGGUUCCCUCUUCCUCAUCGCCAGCAUCUCUUGGCUUAUCUGGUCGACCUUCAGUCCCUCUGCAAAAUGGCAGCGUCAAGACCUCCUCUUCCAGAUCUGCUAUGGGAUGUAUGGAUUCAUGGAUGUGGUGUGCAUAGGCCUCAUCAUCCAUGAGGGACCCUCCGUGUAUCGCAUCUUCAAACGGUGGCAGGCUGUCAACCAGCAGUGGAAAGUGUUGAACUAUGACAAGGCAAAAGACUUGGAGGAUCAAAAGUCAGGAGGCAGGACCAAUCCCCGGACCUCCUCAUCCGCCCAGGCCAAUGUCCCUUCCUCAGAAGAGGAGGCUGUGGGCACCCCUGCCCUGGAGGAAGGCCCCACGCGGGCAGCCAGCCACCCCUCAGACCCUCUGCCCGAUCACCACUGUGCUUACACCAUCCUGCACAUCUUGAGUCACCUAAGACCUCACGAGCAGCGUAGUCCACAGGGCAGCAGCCGGGAGCUCGUCAUGAGGGUCACCACGGUGUGAGAGGAGCAACCAGAAGGAAGGCUGUGAGCACAAGAAGGGAGGCUGGGCCAAGAAGGGUCCAGGUCUGGUAGGAUGCCUGUCUGGGGAGCAGGCAUGGGGAGGCAGCAUGGCAUGGUUGGAGCCAGAGCAGAAGGCAGGCUGAUAAUGGUAGGCCUGGGGAGGGUGUCCAGGAUGGGAUUCCCAAUGGCUGGUGUGGGUGAGGCUGGUGCGUGAACAUCUGGUGAUUCCCAAGCAGUCAGUGCCAUUUCCCAGUGAUGAGAGUGAGGAAGACCAAUACAAGGUCAAUGAGGAAGUGCCACAGGGAUGGAGCCCAACAAAACAAAAUGGUGACUGCACCCAGAUGUACCCAUAACAGAACACCUGGGAGAAGUAAGUGGAAGCUGGGAAGGGUGAUGAGUGCGUCCAGGGGUGGGAGUGUCUGUGUGUGUACCUGUGUUGGGGAGAAAAAAUGUAAAUGGUGCCAUUAAGAGUAGCACUUGGGGCCUGCCUUGUGUGAGCCUGGGGUUUGUUGAUUCUUCCUUCCUGGGUCACAGGCAUUCCAGGGGCCAUGCAUGCAGGAGGGAGAGGGUAGGUAGGGGAUGGCAGGGAGGACACACAGUUUUUGCAACCCCUGAGCUGAGCUCCCCUAGCUGGUACCAAUGGCUUCAGGGGCUCUGGGGUAGAGGGUUCAUAAGGGAUAGGGUGUGAGCAAAUGAGGGAGAGUGAUUUCUGCUCCUUUCAAACCUUCCAAAUGGGAAUGCACAGUGGUGGCCUCUGAGAGAGCUUAGGUUUGGAGGUGGAUGUCUUGUGCCCUUGUUAUUUUAUUUGAUGGUGAUUAGGCUCAGAGACGUUUACAGGACACACACACACACAUGAAAAGUACAGGUUUCUCGUGGGCAUCUCAAGCAAAGGCCUGCUUCUGUCAAAGCAUCCGGGACUGACUUUCCCAACUACCCCAUCCUACCUAAGGCGGUCACAAUGCCCAGUGCCAUGACUCCUGAGCCCCCACAGCAGGGCCCUCCCACCCAGGGUCCCCCUAGAAGAGCUGCCACAGUGUAUGGGAAGGGGAUUUGGAUGGAUGUACCCCCCCACAGUGUGGAGUGGAGACCAAGGAAGUAUUCCUGCUUGGGACCCUCCCACAAGGGUAGUGGACUUAACCCCUCAGUACUCCAUGCUCCCCUGCCCCUCCUGCACAGCUCAGUGCACUCAGAGACCUAGUAGCCUGCUUUCUGGCUUCUGGGACCCUGCCAGGGAAGGCCACUGGCUGGCCAUUGCAGAGCUUCCUGUUGUCACUGCACAGUGCUGUGUUAUCAUGGGUAUCAAAGGGACACUGUCAAGUACUUUUUUUAAACUAGUUUUUAGGGUUUUUUAAAACUCUCUGUUGUUUGUAUUAUUCUCUGAAAAGCUUGAAAAUAAAAUUUCUUUCCCUACCA